UCAAACCAUCUCACCUUCUCAUCACUCAAAAACAAAACCAAAUCAAUUAUCAACCAAUGGCUUCCAUGACCAAGGCAUUGUGCGUGGCCCUUGUCGCGGCCGUGCUGGUGGCCUCGGCCGCACCAGCUGCUGAGGCGGCCCUCGGGUGUGGCCAGGUGAUCUCAUACUUGAGAUCUUGCCUCCCUUAUGUAACCAACCGGGGCCCUCUUGGCGGCUGUUGCGGCGGAGUUAAGAGCCUCUACUCGGCCGCCAAGACCACCCCGGACCGCCAGGCAACGUGCACGUGCCUCAAAUCUCUCGCGGGCUCCUACUCCGGUGUCAACCUCAACAAGGCCGCCGGACUCCCUAAGCAAUGCGGUGUCAACAUUCCUUACAAGAUUAGCCCUUCCACUGACUGCGCCAAGGUGAGGUAAAUUUGAAUUUGAAUUUGAAUUUGGAAGAGAUCGUUUUGAAGGAGUUGUCUACGUUAAUGUUUCUUUAAAAUAAAUAGUAAGUUUUUUUCACCUUGGGGUGAAAGUAAAACUUUCCUAUCUCUGUUUUUACUUAUGUAUCGAGUCAGUAAAAUCCGUCUGAGCUUUUGUAUUCUCAUCAAAUUUAAUGGAGUUAUUGCUAUUUCAAUUUACAAAA